AAAGACGGACCGGAAGUUAGGGGGACCGUGUUUCCGCUUUGCGGGUUUAACUCGUAUCGAAAAGCUGUACAUACGCGUUUUCUUUACAAUGUCUCUUAAAUUAAACGCAUUGACUAGCGAUACGUACACGGAUAUUAGUCAAUAUAGAGACCAACAUUUCAAGGGUAACCGUUAUGAUCAGGAGAAGCUACUGAAGCAGAGCCACACUUUGUAUGUGGGGAACCUGUCUUUCUACACCACUGAGGAGCAGGUGCAUGAGUUGUUUUCUAAAAGUGGAGAUGUCAAGCGCAUCAUCAUUGGCCUGGAUAAGAUCAAGAAGACAGCCUGUGGAUUUUGCUUUGUAGAGUAUUACACACGUACAGAUGCAGAAAAUGCCAUGCGUUUCAUUAAUGGCACUCGGUUGGACGAUCGAAUUAUCAGGACAGACUGGGAUGCCGGUUUCAAGGAGGGACGGCAGUAUGGCCGUGGCAAGUCUGGAGGACAGGUGAGGGAUGAGUACAGGCAGGACUACGACCCAGCCAGAGGUGGAUACGGUAAACUGGCUCAGCAGCAUCGAUCCACAGAAGCACGGAACAGUUUUUAGACUGGACUCAACACAGUGGCCUCGACUACAAAGUUCCAUUGCCAGACCUGAACAGGAAUCGCAAUAUUAUAACAGGCAGACACGUUAUUUGCUCCAUUGUUACCAUGAAGCCCUCAGCAGGCCUGUAGACCAACGAUAACAAAGGCCCAGAUGUUACUGUUUGGUUGUAAGGGAUGUUUUCAUUAAUUUGGAUAUGGAACCUGCAUGUAGUGACUGGGCUUGUCAAUGUCAAUGUGUAAGGUCUGAACCGGUGUGCUAAAGUAAGAGAGGAAGGAUGUUAUUUUUUCUGAUUUUGUGAAUAAAACUUUUGUUUCUGGUAUUUACUUUUUAAAUAAAUGUUUUUUUUUCUUGA